CCUUCAGGUGAUAUUUGAACAUGACGGAGUUUUCCUCCACCCGAGUUCUGACGAGGAGGGUUUGGAUCCGGACCUGCUGGUGUCCGGCUGCCUCAGGAUCCUGGAGAAGGAUGCAGAGAUCCUGGUGGACUACCGUCCUCUGGAGGACAGCGUGGAUCCGUCCAACAUGCUGUGUGCUGGAAAGGACUCCAGCUCGGUGGUGCAGUGGUCUCAGUGUCCCCCUGCAGGCGGCAGCAGGAACUGCAGAGACGGGCCGGAGCCGGAGCCCCAGAGCAGCGAGACGGAGUGGGACCUGGUGAACGCCGCCACCUACAGGAGGAGAGGCGGCAGUGCGGCCGAGGGCGCCAUGAGCCGCAGCCAGGACCGGAGCCGCUGGGCCUUCAGCGCCGCCGUCGGCGACCUGCGCUCCGUCACCGUGAAGGAUGAAGGCUGGACCUUCCUCAUCCUCCAGCUCAAGGAGCCCUCCACCUCCUGCUCCACCUCCUGCUCCACCUCCUCCACCCUGCCCCCGCUGCACUUCCACCAGGGCGGCAGCAGAGAGUUCCUGGACAGCCUGCGGAGGUUCGCCCUGCUCUCAGAGUCUGCAGAAGACGAGGCGUGUCUGUUGGUCAGCACUCCAAACAGAGCUCUGUCCCAGUCCUUCGAGAACCUGCUGGACGACAACAACUACAGCCUGGUCCAUAAGUUCCGCCGGGACCCCUACGUCACCACCCUGGGCAGCUUCUCCAAAGUGACCAACUACAUCCUGGAGGCGCUGCGGGGGGCGGAGGAGGCGCAGCAGCGCCCCCCGGAGGAGGUGGCCGACCUGCUGGGCGACAUCAUCCCGGGUCUGGAGAUCAACCAGCAGGAGGAGCCGGGCUUCGAGGUCAUCACCAGGGUGGACCUGGGGGUCCGUCCCCCGGUGAGCCGCGCGGCGCCGCUGUCCCCGGAGGACUGGAGGAGACACCGGGACGCCGAGGGCAGCAUGGUGGACACCCAGCGCCUCAGACACGCCGUCUUCAAGGGGGGUCUCUGUCACGCUGUGAGGAAGGAGGCCUGGAAGUUCCUGCUGGGUUUCUAUCCCUGGAGCAGCACCCUGGAGGAGAGGAAGAGUCUGCACAGAGCCAAAACUGAUGAAUACUUCAGGAUGAAGCUGCAGUGGAAGUCAGUGAGCGAGGAGCAGGAGAGGAGGAACUCCAGGCUGAGGGACUACAGGAGUCUGAUCGAGAAAGAUGUGAACCGCACAGACAGAACCAACAGGUUCUAUGAAGGCCUCGAUAACCCGGGUCUGGUUCUGCUGCACGACGUCCUCAUGACCUACUGCAUGUAUGACUUCGACCUGGGCUACGUCCAGGGCAUGAGUGACCUGCUGUCCCCCAUCCUGUACGUCAUGGAGAGCGAGGUGGAUGCCUUCUGGUGCUUCGUGUCCUUCAUGGACCAGAUGCACCAGAACUUCGAAGAGCAGAUGCAGGGGAUGAAGACUCAGCUGAUCCAGCUCAGCACGCUGCUGCGCCUGCUGGACCUGUCCUUCUGGAACUACCUGGAGGCCCAGGACUCGGGCUACCUGUACUUCUGCUUCCGCUGGCUGCUGAUCCGGUUCAAGAGAGAGCUCAGCUUCCAGGACGUCCUGCGGCUGUGGGAGGUCCUGUGGACCGGUCUUCCCUGUCAGAACUUCCACCUCCUGGUCUGUUGCUCCAUUCUGGACUCUGAGAAACAGAAGAUCAUGGAGGAGAAGUACGGCUUCAAUGAGAUUCUGAAGCACAUCAAUGAACUCUCCAUGAAGCUGGACAUCGAGGAGAUUCUGCAGAAAGCUGAAGGAAUCUACGAGCAGAUCCGGAGCUGUAAGGACCGGCCUCGCUCCAUCAGUGUGAUUCUGGGUCUGGACUCGGAGGCCGGAGACGCCCAGCAGGAGGCGCCGUUCUCCAACGGCCACGGCGGAGACGUGAGCUGCGAGCAGAGGGGGGCGGGAGCGGCGGUGGGCGGGGCCAAGCCGGGCCGGGCCGACCUGAUAAGCAGGACAUCGUGACGCUGCAGACCACUUCCUGCUUCCUGUACAGACCACUUCCUGCUUCCUGUACAGACCACUUCCUGCUUCCUGUACAGACCAGAGGAUUAUUUUUAUAACUUCUUCUACCAGAGGCUUUAAACAGACCCCCCCCCCCCCCCCCCCGCAGCAGACACCCACCUCCUGCGAAGGUGCAGCAGUUUUUUCUUCCCCUGAAGCCCUGAUGGAUGUGUGUGUGUGUGUGUGCGUGCGUGUGUGUGACAGUGCGGAUUCAGUUUUUCUACCAUCAGCUGACUUGGUGGGCGGAGCUCCAGAACCUCCCAUGAUCCUUUGCAGAUCCUGCUGAUGUUUUUCACCAAAACUUCUUUUCUACCAAAAACUCGUCGUUCAGUCGGACUGCUGAGGAGCAGGAACGGUGCCGCCUCCACCCGCCCGGCCCAGGCGGAGCGGCCGCCUCCACCCGCCCGGCCCAGGCGGAGCGGCCGCCUCCACCCGCCCGGCCCAGGCGGAGCGGCCGCCUCCACCCGCCCGGCCCAGGCGGAGCGGCCGCCUCCACCCUGAGACAAACUGCUUGGUUGUUUUUGUUGCACAAUUUAAAUAAAAAUCUUUCUCUUGUUUUUAGUCUUGAA